AGUAUAUUAGCCCAAGCAAGCCAUCCGCUAUGUGCCAUUCAAAACACUGACAAGUAGCAUCUUUCAACAAAACUGCGAAAACUCAGAAGAACCCUUGUGACUAAAGCAUCGCGUGAGAAAAGGGAUUGCAUUUGCCGAAAUGGGAUACAAAAUGAAGCCAAGUUUAUCGAUAGUCGUGUCGAUGUUUUUCCUUUACACAAAUGUAUCGUGUCGAAAAUAUGGUAAGAUUUUGCUUAAUUACUUGCGAUUACUGUAACAAUGUAAUCAAAACGUCCUCGGUCACGGUAAAAUUGGCAAGGUUAAAGUUUGGCACUUGUCUUAGGAUCACGAAAAAAAGUUUAACUAACUAACAAGUCAGAAUGAUAGUUCUCCCUGCUAACAGUGAUCUCUGAUGGCGAAAGAAAAAAACUGAGAGGAUGGAGAGAGGCUGCCAGCGCCCGACUAGUUUCUUAGCUAUCUUGCAAAUAUUUUCUGGCGUUUCCUUGAACUGGGUAAAGUUUUAGCCAUGUGUGAGACAAUUUACGGGAUAGCAAUCGUGGGCUUAAAAAUUUUCAGCGUAGAGUCUCAACAGGGCAUGCUCAUUCCACAUUAAAGAAAACCGGUUUUGAAAACCAGUCAGUUUUGCCCACAAACCUUUUCAAGCGUUGACAGCUCAGGGGUAAGAGUGAGUGAUUGUUUUCUGCCAAUAUAGGUCAUGAAAUAGUCUGUUUUUAUUACUUAUCGUUACAAAAACUAGAUAACGACUAUAACGAUUUCUAAACCACUUAAUUAAGACUCAUUUAGUACCCAUCGAAGUUUUCGGAUCAAACACAAUUCGGCUCAAGUUUUCUUCCUAUUUCUCAGCCUGCACAUUCGUGCAUGGAGCUGUGUAAUUUCAAAGUAAACAGCUUAUUUAAUGUAUCUGUUUUUUCUGACAACAGAUUCAAUUCUGAGCUACCCUUCCAUGGUGUUAGCCCUCAAGAUACAUUAAUUGACUCUUCAAAGAAAGAUAUAUUUUUGGGGGUGGGGCUGGUUUCAAAAUCACGGUUACAACUGGAGCCCAUGGUUACAUGUUAUCUUCUAUUUAGCUAGGAAACCAACUGCGUGACUGCUGGAGUAACAUUGUGGACUGGAUAUAUUUUAAUCCGAUACGAGAAAGAACAAUACCAGGAAUGUCAAUAUAAGGAGCUUUCAGUUAGUUUAAUUUUUAAUCCACCAUCAGCAAUUUUAUCUUCAUGAUGUUGUAACCUCUGGGUCAAUUUCAGCAGAAACGUUAUGUUCAAUGUUGCGGCUGUUAAACACUUUCUUCGUUUUAAUUUCGAGUUCCUUUGUGAUCCGGAGUGAUGGUAAGAAUGAAUAUUACUUUAUUAGGGUCGGAGUAAUCUUCAGUUAAUAUUUUUCUUGACCGGUAUAGUCACGAACCUUUAGGACAUUAAAUGGCAUUGGUCAGUUUUCUUUGAAAAAUAGAAUGGCCUUCGUUUCACCGAUAAAACUUUAUUCCUGAAUGUUUCAUGACGAUCAUGCAUAUUCAUACGAUAAUUUGCAAUCUCGGCCGGCAGUGCAGAAAACAAGGCGCUUUCUCUAAUCACUGACACAGCUACCAAAAAAAGUUUCAUUUUUUUUUUUCCAAUGAUUUUAUGAGGCGCUGACAUUCAUUUUAGCUUUGAACUUUCUUGUGCGACAUGAUAUCAGCUUUAGUUUAGGGUCUUAGUUCUCCUGAUUAAAAUCAACGUUCGAAAAUAACUCUAUGUGCUCAUUUUGACCGGGUUUCAAUGCAAGACGAAAGUUAGGCAAAGGUAACAAAAAGCCUUAUGGAUUAAAAAACUCAGACACGCAAAAUGUAAACCUCACGCAUAGUGACUAUUGCUUAAAAUUGUCUCUUGAACAAUAGAGCCAGCGGUGUUAGGUAUACACGGCUACAAUUUGUUACAAAUCGAUGUUUCUUGGCAGUAUCAUUCAUUGAAAACCAUAAAAUGUAUUAUAGAGAUCUUGAACCAAGACUGUUUCUUUGUCAAUUUAUAGCAUUUGAUAUUGUAAAGUAAGUAAUUGAAUACUGUGAGAGCUUAUUUUAUAAUUUUCAAGUACGUUCGAGGGAGUGAGUGACAGAGGGGAAGUAUGACGAUAUCGAUUCUCCAUAAAUAACUAGAUUGCAAAGUACAAAAGCUCAGACACAUGAAAUUGGAGGCUGCCAAAGAUCACAAAAAAAAAAUCGAACUUCUAGCACGUGAAAGAUGCCGGAUCAGUCUGUAAUCUAUCACUUAAGAAUAAAAGGUGGGGAGGGGAGGGGCCUGUUUUUUCCCCUGAAAAGAAGGGGACUCAUCCGGGAGGGGGUGCUUCAUGGAGGAUAUACGUGGAGCUGCAAUUUUCGAUUUUUACCGGGGCCUUUUACUACUUGGUAUAACUUUUCUCUAAUGCAACGUUUGCGUUAUGACGCUGGACAUCGCUUUCCUCUGUAAGUUGUUCACACUCCUUCGUCUCUGCUAUUCUGUCAGUACUAAUUUUUUUAUUAGUGUGAGGUGAAACUGAUUUCGAAGUAAAAUGUGCGAUAAAAUGCUUGGGUACUAAAAGACGCUAAUCACUUGUCAUAAAUUGAUUUGCAUCACCGAUGGGUAAAGACAUCGAUCACUUUAUCCGCCUAUUUUUAUCUCUUUUCCUAUUUUCAGAAUGGUGUCAAGACUACGAGUCUCGCAGAUGCAACUUAUGGAAAUCAAAAGGACUCUGCAAAUCAACCUCUCCACGCGUGAAAAAUAUGAUGAAGAAACUGUGUUACGAGACAUGCAACUUCUGUGGUGCGAGUAAUAUUCUGUACAAAGAGUAACUUGUGGCUGAUUAAGAAAUUACGAUACUUUUUUUUUUCACAGCUUUAUUGGGUGCUCCUCUUGUGAUUUACAAUAUAAAUUUAUAAUACAACACAAAAAAAAAAAGAAAAGAAAAAAAGAAGCAAAAACCUAAAAGGGAUAGGUGCAACGGGGCUAACGUCCCAUGCGAGGCACCGCCCCUAGAUUAAGACUUAGGUCAAAAAAAAAAUAAAAUGAGUAAAGAAACAUUUGUACAAAAAAUAAAAUAAAUUACGAGUGGCAUGGGCACGUAGGGACUAGUGUCCACGUGCAGGGGUAAUUGAUUUCAUAUACCCGCGAAAGGUGAGUGCUCAUUAAUUUGCGAACAAAAAGUUGAAAGGCAGUAGGCGAGGAAAAACUGGUUGGGGGUAUACUAUAUUGCUUUGUUAUCAGACGGUUCCACUAAUUAAUAAUUCAUUAUUUUUAGAGCCCCCUGCGCCCGAGAAGUGCUACGACUACAAAAAGGAAGAAGUUUCAGUUCAUGGCUGCUGCUGGGAUGGCAUCAUCGCAGCAGCUGGCCCUGGCGGACAGGGAUGCCCUGGUAACUAGCUAGUCUGUAGUUAUUUAAACGAAAUUCACUCACGCCUUUCAUUAGAUUUGCUUACAAAUGGAAAUUGUUCGGUUAAGAAGUUGUGCAAGAAAGCGACAACCCGCUUGAGAAGUAUCGUCUUUGUGUCGGGUGACUCGGCGAGUCAAGGAAUGGUCUCUGAUUUUGACCGGAUACACUUUACAAGGGGCCUUUUUUGGCCAAAACUAGGGAUGAGGGUCCCCAACAGAAUUAGUCAAUCCCGUCAUCUUGACCCAAAUUUUCGUGCAAUCUCGUAACUUACGGGAAUGAACGAAAAUUCCCGAUGGUAAUUUUUUGCAUUCACCAUCCCGAGCAUACUGAUUCUUUCACGCCUAAAUCUUGCCCCUAUUUUGUUCUAAAAUCCUGGAUCUGACUCGCAAAAGAGCCGCAGAGUUAAGAAGCUUAAUUCUUGUUUAAUACCUUUUCUUAUCUGAGGCAUCAUUACCGGUAUCAUGACGCAGGCCUCAAACGUUCCAAACGAGGAGACAAAUGAGAUGAUGCUUCUUGUUCUCUAUUCUAGCAUGCGAAAACAGCAGGUCCAGGCAAUUUUGCUUGAUGAUGAAGCACAUGUGUUUCACAAGAACAAACUACAAGCUUCUGAGAAUAAGCUGUCCAGAAACCUGUGGAUAUUGCAUUAGUAAGAGCUCAUUCUCAUAACAUAACUCGUAGUAUAAUAAACACUAGAAGGAAUGUUUCAUUUGAUAUCCAACAUAUCAAAAAGUAAGCAGAAAAGGGGGAAAACCAAUCAUUUUUAAUCUAAUACCAUUGUGUUUUCACUAAAUCAGUGAGCACUCUUUGUCAGUUUAAUGGUCCAUACUACUCUAUAGGAAAUCCAGCUAGUCUCGAGCAGUUUAAGCUAUCCUGUUCCAGUGAAGUGCGAACUCAGAGAGCGGGAAAACAUUCACAUCUCAGUGUUAGCGCCUUCCCAACAAUCUGAACGCCUGGAACAGACCAAGUUUAAGUCAGUAAUGGAGAGCUUGCUCGUAGGCUAGCCUGGGUCUAACGUGUUGAACUGUGGAAAAUAAUUUAUUUGGUCGACAAAGGGGAUGGACUUGAGUUGAAAUUGGUAAGUCCCGUGAUGUGUCACGGGACCAUUUCUCUGAGUGACAAAUUGGUGACGGGUUUAAGAAAACAAAUCAAAGACAUAUUUUUCAACACUUCACGUUCGGAAUGAAUGUCCACUGCACUUCGUGAAAAACGGCAAACAUAUCACUUAAGUGCCCAAAUUUAAUUUUAAAUUAGUCAAAACUUUAAUUUAAAUCUUCGAGUGCAUUCAUUCCAAACGUAGAAAGUAAUUCACCACCAAUUUCCUUCAUUUUGACCUCGUGACAUGUCACGUGACCAUAAUUAUACGUAAAAGUAAAAGAGGACCUCAUGAUUUAAUUUGGGGGAAAUUUCAUCUUAGUCUAGGUAUCUUAGCAUCAAAUAUUGAUAAUAAAUCGUAUUUUCCAAAAAAUAUCUAAUUUGACCACCAUAGAAGGCUUUAAACCCUUGAGAACGCUAAAAACGUAUUGCGAUUAGGGUCGUAUUUCCAAACCAACUUCACAGAAGCGAAUUUCUGUAAGCUCUUACGCAUAAACUAUCAAAAUAUCUGAGAAUAAAUGCACCGGAAAGUUAGUGAUUAACCAGGUAUUUAGGAUGGCGAUCUAGCAUCUCUGCUUAAUAACCCCAUAUUUUUAGAAAUCCAAUAUACUAGGCAAAACACUUGAAGACUCUACCAUGCAAGAUCGCUCAUAGUUUCUGCGAACUAGAUUGCCUUUUCUCAUCGCCGAAAUGAUCGCCGCCCUACGUUGGAUUUUCAUAUACUUUGGAAAUAAUCAUCUCGUCCACCUUUCAAGAAGACUUUUAUUAUUUGUUUUCUUUCUCAGAAGCCCAACAUCCUUGUCAAGGCGACUCGGGACAAGAAAUUUCUUGCCAAAGUGAGUAACGGCUUAACUCACCUAUCAUACUUUAGGCACUGCAGUUUACUUUCUUCUACUUAGAGCCUGUAAAAGUUGUAAAGUCAGUUAUCAAAAUAUAGUAAAUGUUUUAACAAGUUUAGUAAGAAUUGGAUUUGGUAUAUCAAGCAGGUGAUUAUCUUUCGUCAUAAAUGGUAGUCGAUCAAACAAAGAGAGGAAGUUGGGAGACUUGAGACAGCUUGAGACAGUUUGUUUUGAGUAUUGGUUAACAGCUUUAUGUAAGAGUCAUUGUAUGUCAUUUUGAUACUUGUCAUACUUGCUACUUUGUUUCUGGUGCUGGUUAGUUAUGUUAGUUUGUGUUUUGUUUACCUAUUAGAUGACUGCUAUGAUGUUGACCCUAAAGAGCUUUGUAAACGUCGUAAGAGGACCGGAUACUGUUCUGUAAAGGCGUGGGAGGACUACCUCAUAAAACGUUGCGCGCUUACUUGUGGCUUCUGUGGUGAGGCAAAUUAAUCAGUUUUAAAAUCUCUCUACAUAAAUAAGCUUAUUCACCUUGCAGGAUAAGAAUUGUCCUCAAGAAAUAGCCAUGCAAUCCACCAUAUAUGCGUUAUUGACCACGAGAACUUGGUCAAUAACGGGAUUAUUUCAUAGCCAUAACCCCCGGGGGGGGGGGCACUUGGGUAAUUUUUGGGUGGGUAUGUGCCGCCCGCGUCUUCAAAUUGGCACCCCGUUCUAGAAAAAAUGACCCCUAAAAUUGAUACUCCGUUCUAGAAAUGGGCCAAUUUGUUAUACCCCGUUCUAGAAUUCGCCCUAAAACUGAUACCCCGUUCUAGAAAUGGGCCAAUUUUUUAUACUCCGUUCUAGGGUGCAACAAGAGUACAACAGUUUGCUUGUUAACGCAUUGAACCGUAUUUUUAAAAGCAAUCUGUCCUUGAAUACUUUCAAAUGGCUGCUUACAAAAGUGGAGCUUUCGUGCGUUCGAAAUAUUAUACCCCGUUCUAGGAAAGGCCUCUGAAAUGGAUACCCCGUUCUAAAUCAGGAGCUUCAAAAUCACGACCCCUUUGGGCUGCACAUACCCGUAUAGGUAAUGUAUGGGAGUACCCCCCCCCCCCCCGGGGCCAUAACAAUAUCUUUUAAUUUCUUGGGAGACAAGGCGGGUAAUCCUAAGACCCAUCUUGACGCUUGGGCUGUCAAUCAGACUUCCCCUCAUUUUGCCCGCUCAAGGAGCCAGGCAUAUAAUAAGAUAGUUAUGUAACUAUUACGGUGAAACUCACAAAACCGUGAACACCAGAAAUAUUUAUGGAAUGUUAUUGUGUUUUUAAUGAAGAGAGUAUAAUCCCUCGGGUGCCUUUUCAAAUCAACGAAUAGAAAUUUACCCACUAUAAUAGCUAAAAGAUACAAACUAGAGUUUUACGGUUCUAGCUCUCCUGCGACCAUGCCUUCACAAACGCCUCUAUAAAACGCCUCAUAGCACUAGCAUUAUACUCAAGCAAAACACCUUUUCUCUACUGAUUUCAUUUUGCAUGCUGGAACAAGGAGCCGAUCAUUGUAGAGACAUGAUAUCAACACGGGUGUGUUUCAGUUGGAAAGCGAGAAAUCGAUGUACAAAUGCCACACACCCAGCAUGGAGGAAGGUUAUGAUAGAGAACUGCAGGUUGACAUGUGGGCUUUGCAGUGACAAAAGGUUUUAUCAAUUCCUUUACUAAAACAUCUCUUCAUUAGCUCUGCUGGGGGCUACCUCUAGUGCCGUUAAUGCUAAAAUUAAUGUUAACAUGCAGAAAAUCUUGUUCAUUCACAACAAUCUCGUGUUCAGCGCUGUACUAGUGAUAAGGACUUACUAAUUGUUAAUUAAUGGGGCUAAAUAACUAACUACCUUUAAUUUCACAUUAUGCUGUACUUUGCACUAAUGAGAGAAAUGUUAUCUCUAUAUAAGACGCUAAAAAAUACAAAACAUUUGCUUAGCCUUGCAAGCUAAUCAAACGUUAUACAAUUUUUAGUUUUAAUAAUAAUAAUAAUUUACAAAUGUAUUGGUUUUCUAGAGUAGCUGACUAGUGAGAAUCCACAUUGAAAAAUUGUUAUGUUAGUUUUCGUGAGUCCAUGGCUUUAAGGUCUUGAGCUAAACACGUCUUAUAAAUUUCAGCUUUACAUCAGCCUUUCUAGGACAUUCCAUAAAAGCAGAAAGUGUUUCUAUUGCUAGCCUGUUCUACGAUCAAAUUCUAUAGGAGGCCUUGAACAGACUAGGUCAGCUACUCACCCUCCCAGCCCCCAAGCCUGACGAGGUGCACUACCUUCACCUGUUCAAUGCAUAUGAAUAUACCGCUGUCCACACCUCCAGAUAAGCGACCAUUUUCACCCCUCCGUAUCUCACCGUAUAUUCAUGCGUACUGGAGGCAGUAGGUGGUGACAAUAUGUUACUAGUCAUUCGCAGAUAACCAGAAUCUAAGAAUCUGCGCGAAAACAAACUAAGUAAACUGAUUGUCAUUUUUUUUAGACCUUUUUUGUAACAGUUUGUUAACUUAGAAGUUCUCCUUCUUUUAAUUUCUCAACAGGUAAAAACAUUAAAGGAGGAAUGGUAGCCAGGAUUCAAAACACUCAGUCCUGAAGUAUUUUACCGGCAUAUUUAUUUUACUGCAUUCGAUUGAAAACUUGUUUAUCAGGAUUAUAAUCGCUUUCCUUUUUACGUGACGACUGUCCUCAAAUCAACUGCUAUUUAUUCUAGUUGACGAUCAGAUUAAAACAAUGUACCAAAAGUAAACUUUUUGAAUUAAUCCAUGUCACGUUAAUUCGACACUGGUUGCUUACUGUUAAUCUGCAAUAUAUUUCGACUCUUUCUUGGUUUUAAACCAAGACAAGAGACUUAUUUAAGUUUUGCUCUUAGCUUAAAACCUGAAUUUUGCUGACUUCAUCUUGGUAUCAAAAUCAAACGAAAUCGAUAUCAUCGCCAUAGCAAGUUUUGGAAAACAGAAAAGAAACAUUGGCAUAGCAUCCACGGUCCCCCA